AUGUGCUUGCUGUUUUCUGCCUUCUUAUUUGUGGCCGUUGGAUAUUUCAUCAACGCCUCUCCGACGGUCCCUCCGACUCUGGAGGACAAUGUGGUGUCUCGGCUCCAGGAGGGGGCACCACCCCUGGACUGUCCAUCUUGCUCACUGCUUCAGAUCAGGAGGAACUCUACUUCGUCAGGAGGACAGAGCGACAUGGUGGAGGCAGUGAAGCGUCACAUUCUCAAUAUGCUGCACCUGAGCACUCGGCCCAACCUGACACAGCCAGUUCCUCGCGCUGCGUUGCUCAAUGCCAUCAAAAAGCUGCACGUAGCCCGUGUGGCUGAAGACGGCAGCGUAGAGAUCCAGGAAGAGGGCCAGGGCCCUGGAGCCUAUACACCACCUGAACCACCGUCUGAAAUCAUCACCUUCGCAGAGCCAGGAGAUUCUCUGGACACGGUGACCUUUGACAUAUCGAAGGAGGGCAGCAGCUCGUCGGUGGUGGAACAGGCGAACAUCUGGAUCUUCCUGAAGAUGUUGAAGGGAAACCGAGUUAAAGGCAAAGUGAUGCUGCGGCUGCUGCAGCUUCAUCGUGAGAAUGAUGAUGAUGAGGAGGAGUGUGUUUCCGAAAAGAUGGUGGAUACUCGUCGCAGCGGCUGGCACACCCUAGUUGUCUCCCGCAGCAUUCAGACUCUGCUGGAUGGCGGUGGUAGCUCGCUCCAUCUGCGGGUCUCCUGCCCACUAUGUGCCGAGGCUGGAGUCUCGCCCAUCCUGGUGCCAGCUGUCGAUAAGCAUGCCAGUGGGCAGGACCAGUCUCACCGCCCAUUCCUCAUGGUGGCGCUGCGAGCUGGAGAGGAGGCGACUCAGCGACGAGUCAAACGAGGCUUGGAGUGCGACGGGAAAAUACGUGUCUGCUGCAAACGACAGUUUUACGUGAACUUCAAAGAUAUUGGCUGGAAUGACUGGAUUAUUGCUCCGUCUGGUUACCAUGCCAACUACUGCGAGGGUGACUGUCCAAACCACAUGGCGAGCUUCAGCGGGUCAUCCCUGUCCUUCCAUUCCACGGUCAUCAAUCAUUAUCGUAUGAGGGGCUACAGUCCGUUUCAGAACAUCAAGUCGUGCUGCGUGCCAACCCGGCUGCGCGCUAUGUCGAUGCUGUACUACAAUGAAGAGCAGAAGAUCAUCAAGAAAGACAUCCAGAACAUGAUUGUGGAGGAGUGUGGCUGCUCGUAAGGACUCAUAAAGACACCAGAAACGCUUCCUGCUUCCUGCAGAAAAAUACCAGUUCAGCACUUUUAAAGAUCAAAUAUUUAUGUUUAGUGACGAAACGUGUUUCUUAUCGGGAGAGACUCUUUUCCACAUUGGAACCACCCGAGAAUAUUCUAUGCAACAACUCCUGCAACUUUCUACGUCGACAGCUCUGUCUGUCCAUUUAUCUGUCUGUCUGUCUGUCUCUGUCCGUUUAUCUGUCUGUCUGUCUGUCUGUCUGUCCGUUCAUCCGUCUGUCUGUCCGUUCAUCUGUCUGUCUGUUUCUGUUGUUGAGGUUCAACCUCUGUAAAAAUCACUGACAUGUUCAGUUACUUGAAAGAAAUGUAGUCAAACAUCAUCAUCUUCAUCAUCAUCACCAUCAUCAUCAUCAUCUUUAUCAUCUUCAUCAUUAUCAUAUAUUAUAAUUAGUU